CCGGAAUGGGGUGUGAAACUGAGGCGAAUGUUUUCGGAAAUAUCCGAGGCAUUGACUAAGCUCGAAUUCGAAUUUGGCGGCGAUCUUCAAGCUCUGGGCGCUUCAGAGGAAGGCGAUGUCACCAAUGUGGAGUUUGAAGGGGAGGUACCAAUACGGAGAAUUGACCGUUCGCUGAAAACGAGAAGACUUAGGCGAGAGGUGUUCAAGCAGGGUGGGCCUCUCAGCGCGAAAACAAAUUUUAAGCCGACAUCAGGAGUUAAAAACACAAGGGGGUCGCCUCCCGUGGACCUUAGAAAAUUGAUACAAAUUAUUCGUCAAAUGUCUCGUCCAAGUACAUUUCAGAUAAUCCAUAAUUCGACUGGUGUGAGGGCGAUGGCCGGUUCCGAAACGGAAAAGCCGUCCGGUGAAUCUGGGGAGCAUAGAAAAGCUAAGGGAGGCAACACCAUGAAUUUGAAACGACCUGCAGGUUUUGGAGUUGGCUCCUAUGAGAGUCCCUCUUCUCACCCAGACCUCUUGAGUAAAACACAUGGCAAGAGUUGGCCCAAGUCAACCGGUCAAUACGAGGCACCAUCGGUCAACGGUAAACCCCAAUACAGACUGAGGUACCAGAAAAACGUUCACAGCAACGCGUUCAAAGAAGGUGGAGACAAAUCGAAAAAUGACUUUAGGACGGGGAAAAGAUCAAACCAUACAUCCGAUAUCAACGCAACCUCCGUCCACAACCCGGAAGGUCCGGAGAGUGACCGUUCGGGCGGACCUUCAAGCACGCGGAAAAAUGAUUCGUGGAGCUCACGGCCGAAGGAUGCACGCGCCUUCCACGAGCCAAAAACGCGCGCUGAUAACAAAGCUAAAAUAGACAGACUUCAGUAUGUAACCGUCAAAGCGGUGGCUGAAAUUAAACCCUUCCCGGCGAAGCAUAAACUGAAGGCGUCGUUAAAACUGGGCGGGAAAUACGGGCCCCGUCAAAAUUCUGAUAAAGGCACUGGACAAAACUCUUUUCCCGACCGCCCUCCACCUGCUGGAGAACCACCCAAGGUCAAGAAGAUAGAGAACCCGUCGUCCGCGACAACAGCUUGGGGUGGUCGGAAAGGGGGAUUAGGACGAGUCGACUUUAUCGGCGAUCAGAG